AUGCUGUCUACUGUUGGACAGCUUCAAACCAGCUGGGCGCCGGGCCAGCCUUCCAGCUUCGCAGGUUCGACGUCAGCAGCAACAGCGACGAGGCCCAGCUUGGCAAUUGACCUACUCCACGCAUCUCAGCUCGAACGGUCGUCAAGGCCCAUUGAACCAGAGUAUGCUCGCUCGACGUACGAGGAGGAAGGCGACAUUGACUACAGCGACUAUUACGACGACGAUGACGCCGGCGAGCGAGGUGACUCGGCAGCGCCCUCGAGCUCCGACGGCUCAGAUGCGACUUACGUUGCGACUGCUGAACGAUGCAUGUCCAAGCUCAAAGAGAUCCAUCUUGCGACCGACUGGAAGCGGGCUCUCAAGCACAAGACCGGCGUAACAGUCUACAUCAAGAAAGACAGUGACGGCAAGAAGAAGGUGCCCGUCUACAAGGGCGAGGGCAUCAUUCCAGGCUAUUCGCCUCAGGCCGUCUUUGCAGUCGUCGGCACUCGCAAGCUUUGGGACGAAUGGUACGACCAAGGCAACCUCGUCGAAAAUCUCAACGAUUCGACUUCACUUACCUACAUGUCCAUGAAGGGUAUCACUGGCUCAACCACGCGUGAUCUUUGUCUGGUCGAAAAGGCAGAGGGCACGUCAGAGGGCGCAAUCUACUUCUGCUCCACCUCAGUCGAGACGCCCAAAGUGCCAAAGGUCUCUGGUCGCGUAAGAGCCAACAUCGCUCUCAACGGAUGGAUCCUCGAACCUCUGAAAGAGGGCGACAAGUUCUCGACCAAGGUGACCUACCUGCUCCAGGUCAAUGUCAAGACGUUCGUUCCCGCUGUCUUCACUACCCGCUACCUCGCUCGUCGUCCUCUUUGCAUCACCAAGAUUGCAGCCUACCUCGAGAAGAAUGGCGCUCCCCCUAUGGCAGGCGUAGAUCCUGCAGAGGCAGAUGGCGCGAUUGCUGCACCUCGCUCGCGACCUGGUUCUAUCCGCUCAAAGUCAGGUCGUUCGGUCCGCUCGAAACGAUCCAUGUCGGGUCUCGGUGGCGCUGCUGCAGCAGGCGCCGGUGCAGUCGCAGGCGCAGGCUUGAUCGCUCACGUCGCACAUUCAGAUGACCACAAGUCAUCUGGAGAGAUCUCGAGUGCCAAAGACAAGUUCCAGUCGCUCGAAGACGACUAUCAGGGUGGUGGCUGGACCAAUGCGACAGAUCAGAAGGGCACUAAAAUCUACAUCAAGAAAGGCAAAGAAGGAGCUCUUCCAGCAAUCCGUGGCGAGGCUCAAAUUGGUGGCGGCGUCACGACGGAACAGGUCUUGGCUACCAUCAACUCGUUCGCCGCUCGUCGGCUUUGGGAUCCUCGCACGUUCAGAGUCACACUCGCAGAGUCCGGUAACGGCUUCGAGCAAGCUAUCCUGCUUGAAGAGAUCAAGGGCAUCUUCCCUCACAUGGAGGCUCGCUAUCAAGUUGUCGCGCACGGUGUUGACCGCCAGGAUCCCAAUUCGGAAAAUUCGGAGCUCAAUGUCGUCUCGCGUUCGAUUGACCACAAGGUUGACGCGCCUGCCAAAUCUGUCAAGGCCAAGCUCGACAUCUCGGGCUGGAACAUCAGUCCAGAUGGUGACGAUGUAUCAGUCUACCAUAUCGUCAAGACUGAUCUGGCAGAGAAGAACAUCUCACCUUUCUUGUACAAGCUCAUCAGCUCUGCCAUCGGCACUUCGCCCCGCAUGCUCAAAGAGUUCAUCGAUCAACACGGCUAUGCACCCUACUUCGUUCGAUGGGGUGAAGGCGCCGCCCAGCUGACGGGUGACGCGGGCGAUCUUGCGAACGGCAAGAACACAUACUUUAUCUCGGGCGACGGCAAGGGUGAAGGCGAGCAGAAGGCCUGGUUCCAGUGGAGCGACAAGAUGUAUGAACGAGGUAUCAGCGUUCGCGUCGAGCCCAGCGAUGCAGCCGACGUCGCUAAAGUCUCUGGCCGCGAUCGCACGCUCGAAUUCACAUGGGGUUCCAUCCCCAAGGACGGUGCAAAGGUCUUUGUCGAGCCUGCAGACGAAAACGGCGCAGACGACGUCAUGCUCAAUGGCGACUUGCUCGACAAGACUGUCGAUGGACCUGCCGGGACAGGCGCUGCUGCCGGCGCACCCCGUCAGAAGAAGCCCAAGAAAGAGAAGAAGCCCAAGAAGCCUUCUUCCGACGAGGAUUCUUCCAACGACAACGAAAAGGCUGUUGCUGCAGCUGCAGGAGGUGCCGCUGCAGGCGGAGCAGCUGCCGGCGGCUUGGCAGCUAUGCUGCCUUCAAAGCAAACAGCCAAGAACGUUACUGCGCCCAUCACGCCCGGCACAUUGCAAACGACAGAGGAAGGCAAGAAGAAGCUGCCUGACGACGCAAUGCUCAUCCUGUCGGAUCAGCUCUAUUUUACUAAGCAGCAAGUCGUCGCAGUGACAGUCCUCAUCAGCGUCGUCUACGCUGUGGCCAAGUUCACAUAG